UCGCGCUGGGGGCGGGGCCUGCGGGGGCUGAAGAGCGAGCCGGGCGGGCGGGCCGGAGGCGGUCGGGCUGGGGCUGAGGGUGAGGCGGCGGCGGCGGCGGUCGGGUGCCCGGGACGGCGACGCAGCGCGCCGGCGGCCGCGACAGGGCCGGCGAGAGCCCCGCAGCCCGCCGCAGCCGCCGCCUCGCCGCGGCCGGGCCGGAGAGCACGGCGGCGGGAGCGCGGCCUUAGAAGGCGGCCGGAGCGGCAGGCACAGCUCGGCGCGGAGCGUCCUGUCAGGCGGCGGCCGAGGGAGCCGCGGACUCUCCCCGCGAUGAUGCCGAUGAUAUUAACCGUUUUCUUGAGCAACAAUGAACAGAUUUUAACAGAAGUUCCUAUAACACCAGAAACAACCUGUCGAGAUGUUGUAGAAUUUUGCAAGGAACCUGGAGAAGGCAGCUGCCAUUUAGCUGAAGUGUGGAGGGGAAAUGAACGUCCCAUACCCUUUGAUCAUAUGAUGUAUGAACAUCUUCAGAAAUGGGGUCCACGGAAGGAAGAAGUGAAAUUUUUCCUUCGACACGAGGACUCCCCAGCUGAGAACAGUGAACAAGGUGUCCGUCAGACCCAAGAGCAACGAACUCAGAGAAAUGUAAUAAAUGUACCUGGAGAAAAACGUACUGAAAAUGGGGUUGGGAAUCCACGUGUUGAACUUACCCUCUCAGAGCUCCAAGAUAUGGCAGCUAGGCAACAGCAGCAGAUUGAAAAUCAGCAGCAGAUGUUGGUUGCCAAGGAACAACGUUUACAUUUUCUAAAGCAACAGGAACGCCGUCAGCAGCAGUCUAUUUCUGAAAAUGAAAAGCUUCAGAAAUUGAAAGAACGAGUUGAAGCCCAGGAGAACAAGCUGAAGAAAAUUCGUGCCAUGAGAGGACAAGUCGACUACAGCAAAAUCAUGAACGGCAAUCUGUCUGCUGAAAUAGAAAGGUUCAGUGCCAUGUUCCAGGAAAAGAAACAGGAAGUACAGACUGCAAUUUUAAGGGUUGAUCAGCUUAGUCAGCAAUUGGAAGAUUUAAAGAAAGGAAAACUGAAUGGGUUCCAGUCUUACAAUGGCAAAUUGACAGGACCAGCAGCGGUGGAGUUAAAACGACUGUACCAAGAACUACAGAUUCGUAACCAGCUUAACCAGGAACAAAAUUCAAAACUUCAGCAGCAGAAGGAACUCUUAAAUAAGCGCAACAUGGAGGUGGCCAUGAUGGACAAGCGAAUCAGUGAACUGCGUGAACGUCUCUACGGGAAAAAAAUUCAGUUGAACCGUGUGAACGGCACGUCAUCACCACAGUCACCCCUGAGCACAUCUGGCAGGGUCGCUGCUGUGGGGCCUUAUAUCCAGGUUCCCAGUGCCGGAAGCUUUCCUGUCCUGGGGGACCCCAUAAAGCCCCAGUCUCUCAGUAUUGCCGCAAAUGCUGCUCAUGGAAGAUCCAAAUCCGCUAAUGAUGGAAACUGGCCAACAUUAAAACAGAAUUCUAGCUCUUCAGUGAAACCAGUGCAGGUGGCCGGUGCAGACUGGAAGGAUCCGAGCGUGGAGGGGUCUGUCAAGCAGGGCACUGUCUCCAGCCAGCCUGUGCCCUUCUCAGCACUGGGAGCCACGGAGAAGCCGGGCGUCGAGAUUGGUAAAGUGCCACCUCCCACCCCGGGUGUAGGCAAGCAGCUGCCUCCAAGCUAUGGGACAUACCCAAGUCCUACGCCUCUGGGUCCUGGGUCGACAAGCUCCCUGGAAAGGAGGAAGGAAGGCAGCUUGCCCAGGCCCAGUGCAGGCCUGCCAAGUCGACAGAGGCCCCCCCUGCUGCCCACCACAGGCAGCACCCCCCAGCCAGGCUCCUCACAGCAGAUUCAGCAGAGGAUUUCCGUACCGCCAAGUCCCACAUACCCGCCAGCGGGACCACCUGCAUUUCCAGCUGGGGACAGCAAGCCUGAACUCCCACUGACAGUGGCCAUUAGGCCCUUCCUGGCUGAUAAAGGGUCAAGGCCACAGUCUCCCAGGAAAGGACCCCAGACAGUGAAUUCAAGUUCCAUAUACUCCAUGUACCUCCAGCAAGCCACACCACCUAAGAAUUACCAGCCGGCAGCACACAGCGCCUUAAAUAAGUCAGUUAAAGCAGUGUAUGGUAAGCCCGUUUUACCUUCGGGUUCAACAUCUCCGUCGCCGCUGCCGUUUCUUCAUGGGUCACUGUCCACGGGCGCACCACAGCCUCAGCCACCUUCAGAAAGUGCUGAGAAAGAGCCCGAGCAGGACGGCCCCGCCGCCCCCGCAGAUGGCAGCACCGUGGAGAGCCUGCCACGGCCACUCAGCCCCACCAAGCUCACACCCAUCGUGCAUUCACCACUGCGCUACCAGAGUGACACGGACCUGGAGGCCCUCCGCAGGAAGCUGGCCAACGCGCCCCGGCCCCUGAAGAAGCGCAGCUCCAUCACAGAGCCCGAGGGCCCCGGCGGGCCCAACAUCCAGAAGCUGCUGUACCAGCGCUUCAACACCCUGGCCGGUGGCAUGGAGGGCACCCCUUUCUACCAGCCCAGCCCCUCCCAGGACUAUAUGGGCACCUUGGCCGACGUGGACAAUGGAAACACCAAUGCCAACGGAAACCUGGAAGAACUGCCCCCUGCCCAGCCCACAGCCCCCCUCCCCGCCGAGCCUGCCCCGUCGUCAGAUGCCAAUGAUAAUGAGCUACCUUCCCCGGAACCAGAGGAGCUCAUCUGUCCCCAAACCACCCACCAAACUGCCGAGCCGGCGGAGGACGAUAACAACAACGUGGCCACGGUCCCCACCACGGAGCAGAUCCCGAGUCCUGUGGCUGAGGCCCCGUCUCCAGGGGAAGAGCAGGUCCCUCCAGCACCUCUUCCCCCUGCCAGCCACCCUCCUGCCACCUCCACGAACAAGCGGACCAACUUGAAGAAGCCCAACUCGGAGCGGACAGGGCACGGGCUGAGAGUCCGGUUUAACCCCCUGGCACUGCUCCUAGACGCGUCUCUGGAAGGAGAGUUCGAUCUGGUGCAGAGGAUCAUCUAUGAGGUGGAAGAUCCCAGUAAGCCCAACGACGAAGGGAUCACCCCACUGCACAACGCCGUCUGCGCCGGCCACCAUCACAUCGUGAAGUUCCUGCUGGACUUUGGUGUCAACGUGAAUGCUGCUGAUAGUGAUGGAUGGACGCCGCUGCACUGCGCUGCCUCUUGUAACAGCGUUCACCUCUGCAAACAGCUGGUGGAGAGUGGUGCCGCCAUUUUUGCCUCAACCAUAAGCGACAUUGAAACUGCUGCAGACAAGUGUGAGGAGAUGGAGGAAGGCUACAUCCAGUGCUCCCAGUUUCUAUACGGGGUGCAGGAAAAGCUGGGUGUGAUGAACAAAGGUGUGGUGUAUGCUCUGUGGGACUACGAGGCCCAGAACAGUGACGAGCUGUCCUUCCACGAAGGGGACGCCCUCACCAUCCUGAGGCGCAAGGACGAAAGCGAGACUGAGUGGUGGUGGGCUCGCCUUGGAGACCGGGAGGGCUACGUGCCCAAAAACCUGCUGGGGCUGUAUCCACGGAUCAAACCCCGACAGCGAACGCUCGCCUGAACUUCCUUUUGGAGCACCGCAUGGUCUUGCCAGCUACCAGGAGCCACUGAAGAGAUUAUUGUGCUGUUUUCCCAGGAAAGCUGCAGCUAGAAAAUGGUCUUAAUGGUGCUCACUUUAGCAGACAGCGUCCACAAUGUGAAUCCUACAGUUUCCAGGUGAGGCCCUUUCUCCAGUUUGCCCGUAACCUGGGAGAGGUACUUUUGCCUCCAAGGACUGAAUUUUGCCAAUUACUGUAAAUUCAAGUAAAUACCCGCUUUCAAAACA